AUGGCCUCGCUGGACCUGCCCUACCGGUGCCCGCGGUGCGGCGAGCACAAGCGCUUCCGCAGCCUCUCCUCGCUGCGGGCGCACCUGGAGUACAACCACACCUACGAGACCCUCUACGUGCUCUCCAAGACCAACAGCAUCUGCGAUGCCGCCGUCUUCCCCUUGGCCGCCGACGCGGCGCUGCUGACGCCGGCCGCCCGGCGGGACUACUUCGAGAGCACCUCCUUCCAGGGCAAGGAGCAGCGCUUCUCCUGCGACCUCGUGCCCGCCGAGGAGCUGGAGCCGGCCCCGUCCUCCUCGCCCUCGCCCCGCUAUGUGCACGAGAUCGAGAUCCCGCUGACGGAGAUCUUCACGCGCGGCAAAGCCGUGGCGCCGGCGCCCACGCCGCCGGCCGCUAUGGACGCGGCCUACGAGGAAGGCCUGGCCCGCCUCAAGAUCCGCGCCUUCGAGAAGCUGGAGGUGGACAAGCGCCUGGAGAAGCUCACCGAGGAGGUGGAGCAGAAGAUCGCCUCGCAGGUUGGCCGGCUCCAGGUGGAGCUGGACAGGAAGAGCUCGGAGCUGGAGAAGGCCAAGCAGGAGAGCCUGCGGCUCAGCCGGGAGAAGCAGGAGCUGGAGGACCGGGCGUCCGAGCUGUCCCGCCAGGUGGAUGUCAGCGUGGAGAUGCUGGCCUCCCUCAAGCAGGACCUGGUGCAGAAGGAGCAGGAGCUGACGCGCAAGCAGCAGGAGGUGCUGCAGAUCGACCAGUUCCUGAAGGAGACGGCGGCGCGCGAGGCCAACGCCAAGGUGCGGCUGCAGCACUUCAUCGAGGAGCUGCUGGACCGCGCCGACCGCGCCGAGAAGCAGCUCCAGAUCAUCAGCAGCAGCUGCGGCACCACCCCCAACGGCAGCCUGGGCCGCUGCAGCGCGCCCGGCGCCAAGGGCAUCGGCCGGCCGGUACCUCCGCUGCCCGACCCGGGGCCGGGGCGCGCGUCCCUCCGUGGGGAGAGAGACAGGCACCCGGGGCCGGCGGUGGCCAUACACGGCCCAUAUGGCAUUUGCAACCAGCGCUCCUCUUCCAGCACGGGGGCCUCGAGCCGCGCCAAGGCCGUGUCGCAGAGCUCAGGCUGCUACGACAGCGACAGCGCGGAGCCGUGUCCCACGGACGGCGACGGCGACGGGCCCCGCUACGGCGGCGGGGCGCCGCGGGGCGCCGAGCGCGACGGCGCGCGCGGCUCCGGGCUGCGCCGGCAGGCCAUCCAGAACUGGCAGCGCCGGCCCUACCGCAACAGCACCGAGGGCGAGGAGGGCGACAUCUCCGACGUGGGCUCCCGCACCACCGAGUCGGAGGCCGAGGGAUGGGAGGCCGAGGCGCCCGGAGCCUCCCGGCCCGUGAGCAGCUGCAGGCUGACGGCCAGGUCCGAGGGGGCGGUGGGCAAGGCGGGCCGGCUGGAGAAGGGCAGCCCGGGCCCCUCCAGCGAGGUGAUCAGCCCCGAGGUCCUCAAGAUGCGGGCGGCGCUCUUCUGCAUCUUCACCUACCUGGACACCAAGACGCUGCUGCGGGUGGCCGAGGUGUGCAAGGACUGGAAGUUCGUGGCCCGGCACCCGGCCGUGUGGACGCGGGUGCUGCUGGAGAACGCCAGGGUGUCCUCAAAGUUCCUGACCAUGCUGUCGCAGUGGUGCACCCAGACACACUCCCUCACCCUCCAAAACCUCAAGCCGCGCCAGCGCGGGAAGAAGGAGAGCAAGGAGGAUUACAUGAAGAGCACUCGGGGCUGCCUCGAGGCCGGGCUGGAGUCGCUGCUGAAGGCCACGGGCAGCAACCUGCUGAUCCUCCGCAUCUCCCACUGCCCCAACGUGCUGACCGACCGCUCGCUCUGGCUGGCCAGCUGCUACUGCCGGGCCCUGCAGGCCGUCACCUACCGGAGCUCUACAGACCCUGUGGGUCAUGAAGUCAUCUGGGCCCUUGGAGCAGGUUGCAGAGACAUCAUUUCUCUCCAGGUUGCACCUCUACAUCCCUGCCAGCAGCCAACGCGUUUCAGCAACCGCUGCCUGCAGAUGAUCGGCCGGUGCUGGCCGCACCUGCGGGCGCUGGGCGUCGGAGGCGCAGGCUGUGGUGUCCAGGGACUCGCAUCCUUAGCCCGAAACUGCAUGAGGCUGCAGGUCCUGGAGCUGGACCACGUGGCAGAGAUCAACCAGGAGGUUGCAGCAGAAAUGUGCAGAGAGGGACUGAAGGGGCUGGAGAUGCUCGUCCUGACUUCCACACCAGUCACCCCCAAAGCCCUGCUGCACUUCAACAGUGUGUGCCGCAACCUGAAGUCCAUCGUCGUGCAGGUGGGCAUUGUGGACUACUUCAAGGAGCCCCACAGCCCAGAAGCCAAGAAGAUGUUUGAAGAAAUGGUGAACAAACUCCAGGCCCUGAGGAAAAGACCUGGCUUUUCCAAGAUUCUACACAUCAAAGUGGAAGGAGGCUGUUAGACCUUCAGGGACCCACAAAGCACAUUCCCUCUAUUGCCCGACGGAGCCAGCGGCCCAGAGAAACCAAACCGAUGGUCUGACGCUCUCCUGCUCCGGAUCCGGAGCCACGGAGCCGCCGGCCCAUGCACAAAACAUCCAACGACUCUCCAGGCCUUAGUGCCCCGCGGCCGGUGCUGGCUCGCGGAACGGCGCGGGCGAGACGGUGCUACCCACGGAAACUUGGAGACUGCCCCAGGGGACACGGCUACGCUUUCCCAGGAGGGAGAAYGGCUUCGAACCCUGCGGCCGCUCAUUGCCAAGGAUCCCUGCUUGGGCAAUGUCUUUUUCUUCGAACCUUUUCAUUAAUUUAUUUGUUUUUUGGGCUGUCAGUUGUCAUGGGGACCAAGCUCGGCCUAGUCCACGGCUCCUCACCGUGCCCUCCCGCUACAUGGAGCGUUGCUGCCUUCUCCACUGAUGUGGUAGGUGACGUGGAGGCCUCUUUGGAGGCCGUGAGCUGGUGGCUCUUGGCCGAUGACCCGCUGGGCUCAGCACUGGUGUCCCAUGGAGCUCCUGCUACGGGUUGAGCUCCGUGGCUGGAGCAGCCCCAUAUUUUCCAUGGCAUGGCGCACGCAGCAUGGGAAGAGACCAUCCCCAUGGGAAGAGACCAUGGGAAGCAGCAUGGGAAGAGGCCAUCCCCGAAGAGAAGAUGGGCUCCGACGCUCCUGCAGACUCUCUGGUAGCUGUCUUUUUAUUUACCUGUUUCUUUAGGAAGGGGGACACACAAACACRGGCCCAUACUGCCCAGAAACCAGCAGCCGUGACAGCACCACCAGACCACAGACCAGAGACAGUCGCUCUUCCGAGGGUCUCCAGCCUCACCUCCUCUCCAUCCGUCCCUUCCCACUAAGGCAAUAAACCCUCUCUGAAGAAAACACCGGGAAACACGGGUAACGCUUCUGCCUUCACGGACCUUCAGCUCAACCCC